AUGAGGGCAGACGGUACAAUGGGAGUUCGAGACCCCGCCACCAACCUGCCCACAGUUUUCGGCAUCGUCAACCACCCCCUCAGGGCCUCUUUGGCAGCCCACAGUCGCCACGGAGAGGCCUUCAGCCUCUCUGGAGAGGACGCCAACAUCGCCUUCGAACUGUGGCUGGUGAACCGGUUCAGGCGCAGUUAUCGCACGUCUGGCCUCCUCGCAGUCUUGGACAUCAUGCGUCCGGUGCUGCAAGAGCUUCGGGACAAGCUUGUCGACAGAGGAGUAUUUGCCAGCAAGCUGGCCCUUGGGCGGCUGAGUCGUCGUUUGGCGGCUCUGUGGAGUCGUAACGAAUCGAGCGUCGUGGGGCGCCUGCUCACCGACCCCGACUAUCUGCCGGGCCUGGAGCAAGCUUGGCAGCAAUACCUAGACGCGAUUCCCCUUCGGAGCGUCCUACCCGCAACAGCUGCCUUCACUGCAGCAAACAGCCCGAGAGGGGGCGCAAGUUGUGCACGUCGUGUUCCCGAAUCAAAGGAGAGCUGGACCUCGCCAGGGAGGCCCAAGCGGAACUGGAACGAGCUGGAGGAGGCGCACCGACUUCCCCUCUUUCCAGGAAGAGUUGAACUCGGACAUCUCCGUCUCUUCGACGCAGCAGCGAUGGAGCAGCUGGGGGUGACAAUGUUCCUGUGGCUGCUCAACGGCCGCGCCCCUGGAGCCACACCUGCCGACCAGCCAAAGGAGGGGCGGAGCAUCUGCGGGCCAUGCUUCAUCAACUGGUUCAAUGACCAGUAUGCCGCUUGGCAGGCCGCCCAGCAGGCGACGCAGGACGAGAAGGCCGCCGCUCAGGCUGCCAAACAAGCCGCCCAGGAAGAGAAGGCAGCUGUCAAGGCAGCUGAGCAGACCGAGAAGGAGGCUGCCAAGCAGGCAGUUGCCCAGGCCGCUCCAGAGGAGACGGCCAACAAGAUGGCCACGGGAGUGAUCACGUCCGCCUACGAAUGGGCCGCAAUGAAAAGGACGAAGGCGGACGCGGAUGAGGCCAAGCUGGACGAGGCGCGUGAAGCGCUCCACUGUGCCUCGGCGGAGCUGACGUGGGCACAGGCUCAGGCAUCCUCUGUGGAGCACUGGAUCCUCCUCGGGUCAUUGCACCAGCGGGUGGACAAAGCGAACGAGGACCUCCAAGCCUGUGAUGCCUGA